UUUCGACAAUUAACUACCAUGUCUGGGAAUUACCUUUUGGGAAGUAUCCUGUGCUUGGCCCUGGUCAAUGCCAUUGGUGCACAAGUGAUGGAGGGAACCUACAAUGUCACCGAAGUUUGUACCAUGGUGAAACCUGGAACCCGUGUUGGAAGUAUUGUGUCCUGUGGUUAUUAUUAUGACUGCACAAAAUCGGGACCAGUGAAGCAAUUGUGCUCAGCCGGUUACUCCUAUAACUUUAGAACUCAAAACUGCGCUCCUACAUCCCAGGUUGAUUGCUACUAUGGCAUGGCCAAUCCAUGCGCAGGAAAGGUGGGCAACAAUUGGGUGCCAAAUGUACAAAGUUGUCAAGGAUGGUAUUAUUGCACUGGCGAUAAGAUCGCUGGCCAGGGCAAUUGUGGUAAAGGAGAAAAGUUCGAUAGUACAAGCCAGAGAUGCAUUUACGGUACAUGCAGCAGUGACACGAACGUUGCUGGUCCCACUCUAAAUAAUUAUUGCAACGUGGUGCCGCCAAAUAUGUACUUUGGAUCCACUACUAAUUGUAGACAAUGGUACUUCUGCAGCCCUCAGGGUCAGCUGUCCGAUGGUACAUGCGCAUCCAGCGCAUUUAUUGUGACGACUGGUGCCUGUGGCUUCGAUUCGGCUCCUGGUGCAUGCGACCGAGUUGUUAGUCUUCCUAUUCCCCUUACCUGCAACAGUAAGGGAGAAACUGCAGGCGAUCCAAACACAUGUGGCAACUAUUAUGUUUGCGACGGCUCCAAGUAUCAGCCGAAACAAUGCCCCUAUGGCACCUACUUCGAUAUCAUUGCAAAAACCUGUAUUACCCGCCAAGCCGCUAUUCCCCAACCUGGCUGCAAUCGCUGUCAGUACGCCACUUCACCGUUUGUCAAUGCUGUUGACAAUAAUCUUUGCAAUACUUAUUACUAUUGCAAAAAUGGCGACCAUGGCACAGUAUCCAAAUGUCCAGAAGAUUACUACUUUAAUGAAAAUGAUCAAGCAUGUGCUUCAAAUGGUGGAUUAAAGAAUUAUGCUGCUACCAAUGGUGCAUGUUAUGGAGCUACCGCCCAGGGCAGUACUUCUGUGCAGCCUCCGACUAAGUCAACGGAUCCAACCCCGAAUUCGGAUCCAACCCCGAAUUCAGAUCCAACCCCGGAUACGAAAUCGACCCAGGAUCCAAUUGUGACCCCGGAUAUAAAUUCGACCCCGGAUCCAAAUUCGACCCCGGAUACGAAAUCGACCCCGGAUCCAAACUCGACCCCGGAUACAAAUUCGACCCCUGAUACGAAAUCGACCCCGGAUCCAAACUCGACCCCGGAUACAAAUUCUACCCCUGAUACGAAAUCGACCCCGGAUCCAAAUUCGACCCCGGAUACAAAUUCGACCCCGGAUACGAAAUCGACCCCAGAUCCAAAUUCGACCCCAGAUCCAAAUUCGACCCCAGAUCCAAAUUCGACCCCGGAUCCAAAUUCUACCCCGGAUCCAAAUUCUACCCCGGAUCCAAAUUCGACCCCGGAUCCAAAUUCAACCCCGGAUCCAAACUCGACCCCAGAUCCAAAUUCGACCCCGGAUCCAAAUUCGACACCGGAUCCAAAUUCGACUCCGGACACAAAUACGACCCCAAAAGAAGAUUAGACUCCAAAUACGGAUUUGACAUCACCAAAAUAGUUGUGAUCCAAUCUUUUGCAAAUUCUACUUUUAAUAUGAAUAUAUUUAUGAAAAGUGCGAUAAUAAUUGACAAACUGCACCCAAUUAAAUUAAUAAUAAGGCAAGCAAUUUAAAUAAACCUCGCAAGCAAUAAUGAUA